AAGGCAAGGGGUUCAUCUUCUCCAUGCUCCACCCCUCACCCUCAAACACAUGCCUCGAAUUCCCUGACUCCCACUGAGUUCAGAGAGACUGUAUGGCAUCUGGGCUCAGGCAGGCCCUGGAUUGAAAUCCUGGUUCUGCCAAGUUCUUGCUGAAUGAGCCAGGGCAAGUGACUUCACCUACUAAGCCUCAGCUCCUCAUUUGGAAAAUGGGAGUUAUAAUAGUAAUAACAACAACAACAAUAAUAGUACCUAGCCCAUAAGGUUGCUGCUAGGCUAGAUUGAAGUUAUUCGCAUAAUUGCUUCGCAUGCCCUUAGUAAAUCUUGGCGUGUCUUCUGCUUAUGUGACCUGGAACCAAUCAUUUCCUCCUCUUGGUCCUAAUAUUCAUCAUCUGUCAGAUAGCAUACGUGCCAGUUGGCCCAACGGAUAUCUAAAGGUGUUGUUUCGAUUGAUCACCUUUGCCUUGAAUGCAUUUAUUCUUCGCUUUCUGUCCAAGGAAAUCGUUGGCAUAGUGAACGUAAGGCUAACGCUGCUUUACUCAACCACCAUCUUCCUGGCCAGAGAGGCCUUCCGGAGAGCAUGUCUGAGUGGGAGCACGCAGCGAGACUGGGGCCAGACCAUCAACCUCCUGUGGCUGACAGUCCCUCUGGGUGUGUUUUGGUCCUUGUUCCUGGGCUGGGUCUGGUUACGGUUGCUUGAAGUGCCUGAUCCUAAUGUCGUCCCCCACUAUGGAACUGGAGUGGUGGUGUUUGGUCUCUCAGCUGUGGUGGAACUUCUGGGAGAGCCCUUCUGGGUCUUGGCACAAGCACACAUGUUUGUCAAGCUCAAGGUUUUCUAUACUACAGUUCUGGUGCUCUGCUAUGUUACUUAUUUCAAAAAGUUACUGGGUUUCCCAAAAUCAACCAAGCAACAAACUCUUCCUGUCUCCAGAAUGACAGAUCUGCUACCCAGUAUUCUGAGAAGUAGAGCUUUUGUAAAUUGGACAGAGGCUAAAUUGACUUGGAGUUUUUUCAAACAGUCUUUCUUGAAACAGAUUUUGACAGAAGGGGAGCGAUAUGUGAUGACAUUUUUGAACGUGUUAAAUUUUGGAGAUCAGGGUGUAUAUGAUAUAGUGAAUAAUCUUGGCUCCCUUGUGGCCAGAUUAAUUUUCCAGCCAAUAGAGGAGAGUUUUUAUAUAUUCUUUGCGAAGGUGCUGGAGAGAGAAAAGGAUGCCACACUUCAGAAGCAGGAGGAUGUUGCUGUGGCCGCCACGGUUUUGGAGUCCCUGCUCAAGCUGGCCCUGCUCACCGGCCUGACCAUCACCGUUUUUGGCUUUGCCUACUCUCAGCUGGCUUUGGAUAUCUAUGGAGGGGCCAUGCUUAGCUCAGGAUCAGGUCCUGUUUUGCUGCGAACUUACUGUCUCUACGUUCUCCUGCUUGCCAUCAAUGGAGUAACUGAGUGUUUCACAUUUGCUGCCAUGAGCAAAGAACAGGUGGACAGGUACAACCUCACAAUGCUGGCCCUGUCAUCUUCAUUCCUGGUGCUGUCCUACCUCCUGACCCGCUGGUGUGGCAGUGUGGGCUUCAUCUUGGCCAACUGCUUUAACAUGGGCAUUCGGAUCACAAAGAGCCUUUGGUUCAUCCACCGCUACUACCGUGAGAGCCCCCACAGGCCCCUGGCGGGCCUGCAGCUGUCGCCCGUCCUCCUGGGAGCAUUUGCCCUCAGUGGUGGGAUUACUGGUGUGUCAGAGGCGUUCCUCUGCUGUAAGCAGGGCUGGCUGGCCCGGCUGGCGCACGUGGUGGUGGGGGCCUUCUGUCUGGGAGCGACUCUGGGGACAGCGUUCCUCACCGAGACCAAGCUGAUCCACUUUCUUAGGACUCAGUUAGGUGCGUCCAGACUUGCUGACAAAAUGACGUGACCUUAGGGAUUCACUGACACCUGUGCACCUGGGCCAGCUGUGGGCAGAGCACGUUUCCUGGGCAGAAGGGCCCUGCAGAGGGGUCUGCAGAGUGAGGCCCACCCAGGCUCGUGAGGCGUUGGAGAGAACCACCCGACCAACAUGGACUGUCCACCCGAAGUCUUCCUCGGGAAGCAGGGGUUCCAUGUUUACGGGAAGACCAAAAGCUUUUAAAAUAAAUACAAUUAUUUUUUCCACCA